AUGAGUUCAAAUAAAAAGGAAGAAACUAAAGAAGAUAGUAAAAAGUCAAAUUCUGAAGUCGAUGACACGAUCACCAUUGAAAAUGACAACGUGGCAACGACGAUUGAGUCAAAGAACGCGAUAUUACAUGAAAAAAUAUUCAAACCUGCAGAUUCGUAUCUAACUGAACUUCUACAGAACGUGCACAUACAAACUUUAUAUAAUAUAUUCGUUGUUGCGGCCUUUUACCUAUUGACCUACACAAUAUGUCACGAUUAUUUUACUGAGGCAAAAAUAUAUCUUGGUUGGCGCACGAUUGUGCCAGGCUUUAGAGGUCUCCCAUAUGCACUUGGCUGUUGGUUUCUGCUACAUUUCAUGGCGCUGCUGGUCUAUUUCGGCGUCUGUUUAUGGACGAAGACACACACUUUUGGAGUGAAAGGCGCUUUCCCUUUAUGUUUAAAUGCAGCCUUCCUAACACUCUGCAUCACAACUCUGUUCUUAACUUUUUCCUUAUGCGCACUCUGCACGCUACACUAUCAGUUCCGUUUGGGCUGUGGCCUGGCUCUACUUAUGGAAAGCACACGUCUCAUUAUGAAAAUGCACGCAUUCGUACGCUCAACAAUUGGCCGAACAGCCGAUCCAACGCCUACGUCUAAUGCUCCUUUAAAUGUGGCGGAUCUAUCUCAUUACAUUUAUUUUUUAUUUGCACCAGUUUUGGUAUAUCGCACCUCGUAUCCGCGCAAUUCUACGCCAAUACGUUGGAGUUUUGUGGGGGCGCGUAUUUUUGAAAUUUUAUUUUGUUGCUUUUACUGCACUUUUUUCUAUGAACAGUUUAUUGGACCUUAUUAUAGGCAGUUUGGCGCUACACCGCUGCAAUGGUCCUAUGUCAUAGAAUCUUUUCAUGGCAUGAUUUUACCUUCGACAAUGUGCUUGGUAAUCUUCAUUUACAUGUUACUGUAUUCGAUACAAAAUCUCUUUGCUGAGCUAAUGCACUUCAGCGAUCGGCGGUUCUACACAAAUUGGUGGACAGCAACCAAUUGUCGAGAGUUCUUCAUCAAGUGGAAUUGCUUGGUGCAGGAUUGGUUGUACGAGUAUGUCUACAAGGAUUGCUUCAACUAUGUGUACUCCAAUCGGUUAUUCUGUUCUUUUACAGUUAUCACGAUUUCCGCUGUAAUGCAUGAAAUCAUCAUCGGCAUGUCGCUACAAUUGUUCUUACCCAUUAAUUAUAUUUGUUUUGGUAUUAUUAGUUUUAUACUUAUGUACAUACCGUUACGCGGCCGAAUCGGCAAUUUGAUUUUAUGGCUUUUUAUUCUAGUCGGCAUGUCAUUACAGUUUUGUCUGUAUAGCAUGGAGUUCUUUGCGAAAGUUAAUUGUCCAAAGAGUUUGAAUAGUAGUCUUGUGGAGAAACUUGUACCGCACAUAUGGACGUGUAUUCAAAUUCGAAACUGAAGUGCAUACGAGGGGACUAACGAAAGUGCGCUAAGGUUACCACAAAAAAAAAAUCUUCUUGUAUUUAUUGGUAAUCUUUGUGCUUUUUUAUCUUCUC